CUGUUCCAAAGAGAAGGACAAAUAUAAUUCCUCUCCUUCAUACUGUUAUCAGAGAUUAGAAAUGGCUGAAAUUCUUGUAAGCGCUCUAAGCGAGGCCUUAAUUGCCAAGCUGGUUGCCUUUGCCUCUGAUAGGAUUUCUCUUGAUUGGGGUGUCCGAGAUGAAAUGUCAACACUUCAAAGAACUUUACGCAAUAUUCAAGCUGUGUUAACUGAUGCAGAGAGGCAACAAGUAGAGAAAGACACAGUCAAGUGUUGGCUGGAAAAUCUUAAAGAUGUAGCCUGUGAAGCCGAAGAUUUACUAGAUAAAUUUGAAUACAAAGCUCUAGCACAUAGACUGGAAAUCGAAGUUUGCAAACAAGAUAAGCUAAAAAAUUUCUUCUCAGUGUCAAUUCCACUUGGAUUUCGUCGGAAGAUGGCUCAUAAAAUUAAAAACCUUAGGGAAAUGUUGGAUCAAGUGUCAAUGAAUAAAGACAGAUUCAGUUUUGAUGUUUCUAACGGUUCUAGUGGUAGUAGUAGUCAUAGAAACCGAGAAACUCACUCGCUCGUCGACGCUUCAAUGUUUGUUGGAAGAGAAAAGGAUAUAUCAAGGAUAAUUAAUUUGUUGCUGGACAAGUCAUCCAGUAACCAACAUACUUAUCGAUUUGUUCUCAUUGUUGCAAUGGGAGGGGUUGGGAAAAUUACACUGGCUAAAGUAAUUUAUGACGAUGAUAUUGUAAAACACCACUUCGAGAUAAGAAUGUGGGUAUGUGUAUCAGAAAACUCAAACCAGAAGCAGGUGGUCAAUCAGCUUUUAGAAUCCAUUCAUGAAGAGAGAAAAGAACUUUCAAGUUUGGAUGUCAUGAUCAAAAUUCUCCAAGAAAAGCUCAUUAAAAAAAGAUAUUUGAUAGUCCUCGACGAUAUGUGGAACAAUGAGUACAAUGAAUGGGAUGAUAUGCUCACUACUUUGUCUCUCAUUGGCGCUCAAGGCAGCAAAGUCAUCAUUACUACAAGAAGUAAUGAAGUCGCGUCCACAACGAGUUCGUUAUACAGGUAUAGUUUGGACUGCUUGUCUGAGGAAGAGUGUUGGAGUAUGUUGGAGAAAAUAGUUUUCGGUCACGAUGGAGUAGAGAAGACCACAAACUUUGUAAAUAUCGGAAUGAACAUCGCCAAAAAGUGUGGAGGAGUGCCAUUAGCAACAAAGUUUCUUGGGAGUUUGAUGUACUCCAAAAGGAGUGAACGUGAGUGGCUAUCGAUCGAAAACAACAACAUAUGGGAUCUACCCGAAAGCGAAUUGAAGAUUGCAAGGGUAUUGAAGUUGAGCUAUGAUCGUCUUGAACCACAUUUAAAACAAUGCUUUAGAUAUUGCUCUCUUUUCCCAAAAGAUCACAUCAUGAACAGAGAAAAUAUUAUUCGACUCUGGAUGGCAGAAGGGUUCAUUAGCUCUUCAAGACCAAAUGUUCAAAUGGAAGACGUGGGUGAUAGUUAUUUUAACAGUUUGUUGAGCAAUUCGUUCUUCCAGGAGGAGACGAAAAAUGAGUUUGGAAUCGUAAAAUCAUGUAAAAUGCAUGAUUUUGUACACGAUCUCGCACAAUCUGUUGCUAAGACUGAAUGCUCAAUAAUAACUUCUAGCAAGAUGGUUGGAGAGGAAAUCAGUAGAUAUCGCCGUGUGAAUUUGGUACUUGGGAAUGAGUUCUCACGACUGCCAAAGCCGUUGCGUAAAGUAAAGAAACUGCGGACAUUCAUAUCCACUGCACGAAAUUCUAUUGACAAUACCUCCGCAUUGCACAUUUUCAAAAGCUUCAGUUGCGUACGUGUACUGGACUUGAGCUAUAGUCGGAUCAAUGAUGUACCAUUAUCAAUUGGCAAGUUAAAACACUUGAGGUAUCUCAGUCUCUCAGACUCCAAGUCAAGAGAAUUACCAAACUCUAUUACUACUCUUUAUAAUCUGCAGACAUUGAUUCUAAAAGAUUGUUAUGAGCUUAAAGAUCUUCCUCAGGACAUGAAAAAGUUAAUUAAGCUAAGACAUCUUAUAAUCAACGUAGGAUGUGGUUUUUGGAACAUUCCUCCGAUGCCAGAAAAGGUAAGCUCUUUAAGUUCCCUCACUUGCUUACCGGUAUUUGUUGUUGGAGAUGGAUCUCUAUUUGGUAUUAAAGAGUUGGGAGGCCUAAAUCUCCUUGGUGGUAAAUUAAAAAUUCUUCAUUUGAAAAAUGUCCGCCAUAGAGAAGAAGCCGAAGGAGGGCGUCUAAAAGAAAAACCGAACAUUUUAAGCUUGAAAUUGCAUUGGAGGGAUGGUGAAAGCUUUAGUGAUGUCUAUAAAAAAAGAAUAGCUCUUAUUGAUGAUUCUGAAGUCAAGGAUUAUGGCCAUGAUUUUGGAGUGUUAGAAGGCCUGGAACCUCAUCGAAACCUUAAAAGAUUUGGAAUCUACAACUACCUUGGUUCAACGUUCCCCACUUGGGUGACGAGCUUGAAGAAUUCACUUCCCAAUUUGGUGCAUGUCGUUCUAAAAAACUGCAAGAAAUGUGAAUAUCUUCCCCCGCUCGGAAUACUUCCUUUUCUUAAGGUUCUAAGAAUAGAAGAUUUGAAUCUGUGAGAAGUAUUGGAAAUGAGUUGUACGGU